UGUUCUCAACUCCUGUCUUCUCUUUUCAGUCUCCGCUAGGACAUUUGUACAUGUUUCUCCUUUGAAACCAGCAGUCUUAGUUUUUGUUGUUAGCAAUAGCAUUCAUUUAAGGUUUUCUUUUUCUCCUUUCCAAAAGAGGUUUAAACCCCCAGUCUGUUAGUUUUUUAACAUGCAGAUGCAGGUAGCUUACGAUUACGAUUAUGAGCUGGCCGUGGCUGAUUAUUGGGAGGGGAGGCCGACCAUGGAGCCAAAUGUAUGGGUUCCUGCCCUCCCUUUGCAGAUGACCGUUGCUGCUCCUGCUAGCAACACUGAUCUGGUGGUGAGCUCUACUGGACAGCAGCAGCUGGUUCAGGAGAGUACUGAUGAUCAGCACGCGGUUGAAGUUGAACUAGUGUGCAAGGAAGUAACACGGUCACUCAAGCAUACGGUUGACAAGAUGGCAAUGAAGAUGCACCUGUUCCCGCCAAACAUGGAAGAUCUGGCCUCGUACGCGGCCCCCAAGCUGGUCUCCAUCGGCCCUUACCACUACGGUGAGGGCGCCCUCCAGCAGAUGGAGAGCGUCAAGCAUGCGGCCGCCGUCCACUUCAUCGACAACACGGGCCUCUCCAUGCAGGAGGUCUAUGGGGCGGUCUGCGCGGUCGCAGAUGAGGCCCGCGGGCACUACGAGGAGGACAAGAUGCGAACUCCCAGCGACGAUGAUUUCAAGCAUAUGCUCUUGUUUGAUGGGUGUUUCCUGCUGCAGUAUAUGGUGUUUUGGUGCACAAGAAGCAAGGAUGAUGGCGGGGCCACCGCAAGAGUUGAUCCGUCGUUGCGUAGUAUUUUCAGCUCCAACGACAGCCGCAUCUUUUGUGACGUGGUGCUUCUUGAGAACCAGCUCCCUUGGGUGGUGGUUGACACGCUCAAAAGGUUAAUGCGCCCGCCCCCGCGAAUGGAGGUGUUCUUUGGACGCGUGAGAAUAACCAAGCUGCACACCCGCCAAGAGCUUAGUUUUGUUCCUGAUACACUAGCUGCCUACACACCGCCUCAUCUCCUUGGCCUCCUACGAUACAACAUUGUAGGAAAUGCUCAAGUGCCCAACCCCGGCGAUUUAUCUGACAAGUUGAUGGAAGUAUCAUGGUCUGUCGGCGUCACUGAACUUGCAGAGAUUGGCAUUGAGGUCACACCCAACGAUAUUAGAGACGACCUAAAGAAGAUGUACAUCCACAGAGGGUGCUGCACCGGCGAGCUCAGGUUGGCGUCUGUCUCGCUAGACGAUGCAACCGCAACCUUCCUCGUCAACAUGGCGGUCUUCGAGAUGUGCACGACCCCUGAUUUUCGUCGUGAUGAUCAUGAAAAGUCUACUGUCUGCUCUUAUCUCUGGCUCCUGGGCAUGGUCACGGACAGCGUGAAUGAUGUGGAGGCGCUGCGAAACAAGCAUAUCCUGGAAGGAGGAGCAGGGCUCACCAACGAGGACGUGCUCAAGUUGUUCACCGGAGUCGAGAAGCACCUGCGGGCCGGGAAACGCUAUUACAAGACCAUUGUAGGCAUUGCAAACUACAGGUACGAUAGGCGGUGGUGGAUCAUGUUUUACAGGUUCGGUUAUCGGAACCGCGCAACCAUCAUCACGGUGGUCACCGCCAUUGUUGGAGCUGUGGGUUUGCUUGCGACGCUCAAGUCUUUCCUGUAGUUAAGCUAGCGGCACUUCCUGUCUUCUUGCCAUGCAUGGCCAACGUCGUGUUGUAUCUUUUACGUGUCCUUUGCUUGCUACAAUGAAUCAGUUCCCUGUAUAUGAUCCAGCUAUUGCCAUUUGCUGCUGAAAAU